AGCCUGCAGCAGCAUCAGGGUAAAGAACGGGCUAAAUACACACACUUUCUUGAAUCGCGGGAGUUGUGAUCGCUGUGGAAGAUGGUGGCUAAGCAGAGGAUCCGCAUGGCCAACGAGAAACACAGCAAGAACAUCACGCAGAGAGGAAACGUAGCCAAGACGCUGCGGCCACAAGAGGAGAAGUAUCCUGUGGGCCCCUGGUUACUCGCCCUGUUUGUAUUUGUUGUGUGUGGAUCAGCCAUUUUUCAGAUUAUUCAAAGCAUCCGUAUGGGGAUGUGAUUGAGAGGAAGCCUCCAGACUGAGCCUGGUUUUUCCACACCCGCACACCCCUGAACCCCUCCAGAGUUGGACACAGUGCUUCAGAGCCAGCAGACCUCGGAGAGAGAGAGAGAGAGAAGCCUCCGUGUUCAUCACCUCCUGCUUCUCCAGACGUGUCCCUCCCUCGAUCAGUGUUUAACAGUGUUGCAGUGGCACCGACAGCUUUUCUAUGAACAGUCUAAAAAACCACGCUGGCUGGAGUACAUGUGCAUCUCAUUGCUUACUUUGGCACCCGAGUGCGUGAAGGAGUGUGACGGUCGAUGUCAGACCGUGGCAGUGACAAUGUGCCAUAAUAUCCGUCUGUCUGUGUUGUGUGAGAAGGUUCUUUUUUCAAAUAAAUGUUGAGCACACUUCA